UAGCACUAUAGUCCAAGGGCCCACCUUUGAUCUGCCUUCACGAAAAAGAGCAAGAGAGACCAGGCUACCCUACCAAUGGCGGACGCGGCGGCCGGCGGCGGCCACCGCUGGACGGAGGAGGUGGACGACUUGGUCGACGCGGGGGACGUCGACGGGGCCAUCUCCCUCCUCGAGUCCGUCGUCUCCAACCUCUCGACCGCCGCCGCCGCCUCCUCGCAACCGACCGGCGCGGAACUUCGGCUCGCCACGGCGCUCGGCGACCUCGCCGGCCUCCACGCCUCCCGCGGGAGCACGCUCCAGGCCGACACGCUCCGCUCCCGCGCCAUCGCCCUUCGCCUCCGCGCAGCACAAGCUCCCCAGGCCUUCUUAGGAGAUCAUGGGAAGGUGGAGAAAUCUUCACCAGAAGAGUGCGCCACGGGUUCCAAGGACUCUGAAGUCUCAGCUAAUUUUGAUGAGAAAAAUGAAGAUGAAGAUGAUGAUUGGGAGGCUAUUGCAGAUCGUGGUGCACAUGAGGAGACACCAGUGCGCCCCCUCAAGCAAGAGGCAAGGGUGACUUCUUCAAGUUCUUCUGAGAAAAGUAGCACUCCGUCAUCUUCAGGGCCCAAGAGGAGGGGAAGGGGUUCUUUUCUUUAUGAUAAGAGUGUUCUAUACAGUGACCAGUGUGGUUUGGAAAGAGAUCUUGAUGACAAGGGUUCUGAUCCUCGGGGUGGAUUGAAGGGUCAUGUGGAUGAGCAGCAGGAGAACAAGAUUGCUGUAAAACAAUAUGGGAUAAGGCAUGCCCUUGUUCUUUAUGACUUCCCACCUAGCACACGCACAACAGAUUUGGAAAGGAUUUUUGAGAAGUUUGGAGACCACGGAGUUGCCAUUCGCUGGGUCAAUGAUUCUACUGCUCUUGCAGUUUUUCGGACUCCAUCAUCUGCUAAGGAGGCACAAGCCUGUGUGCCUCCAAGAUACAAGGUGCGGCUACUGAAGGAAGACGACGAUCUCUUGGCCAAAAUAGAUGGUAGAGACCUAGAACCGCCGAUGCCAAGGCCCAAGACAUCCGCGAGAACGGCACAGAGGCUGAUUGCCCAUGGGAUGGGGUUAAAGCAGUUCACAAAAUUGGGGGCGGGCGAGCUGAAGGAGCAGGAGGAGGCGAGGAGGAGCCGGAUCACCGCUCGGCAAGCUGCACGUGACGACGCAUGGGGUUCGGACUGAUGACCCAUUGGCAGUCUGGCUGCUCCUCUGGCCUUGCUUUUGUUACAUGAGUGUGCCAAAGUUAGAACCUCUGUGCUUGGUUUUAUGUUGUUGUUUCAGAGAUUGCAGGGACUUGUACUAAAAACAAAACAAAGGCCUAAGCACCGUGGUGUGUUGUUGGAAUGUUGAUGUGAAUUCCUGGACUUGGUGAAUCCCAAGUUGAAACUCUGUAGUUGGUUCGUGUUGUUUCAGUGGCUGCAAUGACUUGCCCUGAACAAACAAGACCAAAUGUUAAAAAAAAAAGUUUUGUGCAUCA